AUGGGCUUGCUCGUGCUCGGCACUCCCUUUGACUGGGCGGAAGCAGAGAAGUACGCAGAGCACGUCCGCGAUCACGGCGUCCUCCAGUUUCUUGCCAUAUGGAAUCGGCUCAAGGACAGAGUCGGCGAUGGACUGCUGUGGGGGGACGAGAUCGAAUACGUCGUCGUCUCAUUCGACGAAGAGCAUCAGAACGCACGACUGAGCUUGCGGCAGACGGAGAUCCUCAACCAGCUCAAGGCGGACGAGGACAGAGCGAGAUUGGACGCUCCCCUUGCAAAUAUGGUCAUGCCCACCUUUCACCCAGAGUACGGACGCUACAUGCUUGAGUCAACACCGGGUGCGCCUUACGGAGCCACUCUGCGCGACUUGCUGUCCGUCGAGACCAACAUGAGGUUCAGACGGCAGCUUGCCCGCCAGAAGAUGAAGCGACACGAGGUUCCCAUCACAAUGACCUCAUUUCCCCGACUCGGCGUCAAGGGCGUCUUUCUUGAUCCUCAUCACGAGCCAACCGGUCAAGCCAGUCACAGCUUGUUCCUGCCAGACGAGAUGAUCAAUCCUCACGUUCGCUUCCCCACACUCUCUGCGAACAUUCGACGGCGGAGAGGCUCAAAAGUCGCCAUGAACAUGCCCAUCUACCGCGACAGCCGUACACCGCAGCCUUUCAUCGAUCCCGCCAUUCCCUGGGACCGCGACGUCUUUCCAGAGGACAGGGAGGCCCGAGAGGGCGCAGCUUUGCCUGAUCAUAUCUACAUGGACGCCAUGGGCUUUGGCAUGGGCUGCUGCUGCUUGCAAAUCACCUUUCAAGCCUGCAGCGUGGCAGAAGCGCGGCGCGUCUACGAUGCUCUCGUACCGCUCGGACCCAUCAUGCUUGCUCUCACUGCUGCUGCGCCUAUCUUCAGGGGUUAUCUCGCCGAUGUCGACUGCCGAUGGAACGUCAUCGCAGGUAGCGUCGACGAUCGUACAGAGGAAGAACGCGGCCUCAGGCCUCUAUCAAAAUCAAAGUACAGGAUACCUAAAUCGCGCUACGACAGCGUAGACUCGUACAUUUCCAACGAUCCGAUGAACCGGCCAGAGUAUAAUGACAAUGACAUGCCCAUCAACGAUAAGGUCCGACAACAACUAUUGUCUGCGGGCCUCGACGAGCUAUUGGCGAAUCACAUUGCUCACUUGUUCAUACGCGAUCCCAUCGUCAUCUUUGCGGAAACACUUAACCAAGACGACUCGGUCAGCUCGGAUCACUUUGAGAACUUGCAAUCCACAAAUUGGCAGACGUUGAGGUUCAAGCCACCCCCUCCGGGCUCUGACAUAGGCUGGCGUGUCGAAUUUCGAAGCAUGGAGGUACAGCUCACCGACUUUGAGAAUGCCGCCUUUUCCGUCUUCAUCGUCUUGCUCACUCGCGCCAUACUCAGCUUCGGCCUCAAUUUCUACAUGCCCAUAUCAAAGGUGGACGAGAACAUGGGGAUUGCUCACAAGCGGAAUGCAUGCAAGGAGCAGAAGUUCUGGUUCCGAAAGGACGUCUUCUCCAACAGAGGCCGGUCUGUCAGCAAGCGGUCCGGCGCGCCGAGCGGGUCUCGAGAGCGUCCAGACUCGCCCGUUAGCUCGCGACCGUCAUCUCGCGCGAGCACGCCCUCUUUACCAGCAAGUCCGGAGCUGAGGCCAGUAGACGAAGAAUACGAAGCCAUGUCGAUUGACGAGAUCAUCAACGGCAAAGAUGAUGGCUUCCCGGGUCUGCUUGGACUGAUACGAGGCUACCUCAAUUCGCUCAAUGUCGAUAUCAGCACCCGAUGCGAACUUGCAAAGUACUUUGACCUCAUCUCGCAGCGCGCCAACGGCACGCUCGUCACGCAAGCUACUUGGAUUCGCCAGUUCGUUCAUGCCCAUCCGGACUAUAAGCACGAUUCGGUCGUAUCGCAGAAGAUCAACUACGAUCUUUGCAAGCAGAUGGACGCCGUCGAACGCGGCGAAGCAGACGCCUCCAUCCUCCUCGGCGGUCAAUAUGCAGCAGCAGCACGUGCAGCGCAGCCGCUGUGCCAGCCAAUCGAUUCAUAG